UUUUUUUUUAUUUGCAGUAAAAGUGAAUCAUUUCGUGUCCAACAGAAGUGCGCAACGAUGUUUGGUCGAGUAUCUUUCGUGUUUUUGCUUCUGGGGCUGUUAUGCGAUGUGGCAUCGAAAGCCAAGGUGUCCAAGAAGUCUACCCGGAGCCGACAGUGUUUGGACUUACCGGAGGAGAUCCUCGAGCAGAUGUUUGGGCGGCUUUCGGUGGGAGUCCUGAGUGCGUUCCACCACACUCUACAGCUUGCACCAUUGGAGCGGCAGAAUCUCACCUGCCCGUCAGCGGGACGCCCUGUCCCCGACAGAAAGUCUCGGAUCCCCGUCAACCUUCUCAGCCUGUCACCCUGGGCAUACAGGUAGGAAUACAUGGGUCUAAAUGUCAGGUGGGCCACAGUAAUUAUGAAUGGGUCAAUAGAAUUAUCUAUGUUUCUCCUUCAACAGGAUCUCCCACGACCCCGCCAGGUAUCCCAGGUUCAUACCCGAGGCAUAUUGCUUGUGUAAAGGCUGCCUGAUAGGACCGUUUGGUCAGGAGAGCAACCAGUACCGCAGCACCCCUGUGUACAUGCCCUCGGUCAUCCUGCGACGCACAGGGUCCUGCGUCGGGGGGCGCCACUCAUACACAGAGAGCUACGUAUCUGUGGCCGUGGGGUGCACCUGUGUUCCCCUGUUGGAGAAGGAUAGAGAUGCGCAGAGCAGCAACCAGAGCCUGGAGAGAGAACAGCCAAAAGCUGGCGAGCUCAGCUCCAACGACAAGAACAUAUAAACUAUCCAUGGACAGCAAGGCAAUAGAAUAAAGGGCUGUAUAAUUUGUAUGAAAAUGUAUGGUUGGCUGUAUAACACAACACAGUGUCCCUAGCAGCAGCAGCUUUUGAACAGUAAUAUAACUCUUGACACACACUGCCACCUGCUGGUGAAUGGAAUUAUAUUACAUGAUCAUCUAAGCAUGUUUCCUGCCCCUCCCUGCAAAUGACAUCUGACAGGUUUUUAUAACUGUUUUUUUUUCUGUGUAUAUAUGAGAUAUUAUUUACACUGAGGUCAAGCAUACAUGAAUACCAUUACUCACUUCAUAAUUCCGUCAUAAGGGAUAAGAAAUACUAUUAAAAACAAGCCUCCCAGUCUUUUACCAUGGUCCCCAAAAUGAAACC